UAGCUAGUGUGGUAUAUAGAGCAAUUGGGAGAAGAUGAAAAACUUGUAAAAUUGGCGGGUAAAGAAAAUGCUGCUACUAAGAACUCGUCUCUUCAUCCCUCAACUAUCAUCUUCUCUACUACCCACCAUUUCCAACCCUUCAAAACCCCUCAAUUUUUCUCUCUCCUUUCCUCUGCAAUCCUCAUUUUCUCUCUCCUCCACCAUCCCCAUUUUCCAUCGACAUGCAUUAUCAAGCUCCGCAGCUCCUCCACCGCCUUCGGACGCCACCAAAUUCACCAGCACUGUGCUCUUUGUCCCGCCGGGAGUCGACCCGAAUGACAUAACCGAAGAUAUGAUCUUACCCGGGUCCAACAUUGUUGUCGGACCUUAUGCGGGUCAUGCCCAGAUUAAGGAAGUUGCGUUUGUAAAGAGUAGUAGUCGGGCUAAGGAUUGCCCCGUUGAUGGGUUGCCUGAGUUUGCUGUUCUUGGUCGAUCUAAUGUUGGGAAAUCUUCGCUUAUUAAUACUCUUGUUAAGAAGAAAGAGGUUGCUUUGACUUCUAAAAAACCAGGGAAGACUCAGCUUAUCAAUCAUUUUCUGAUCAACAAGAGUUGGUAUAUUGUUGAUUUGCCUGGAUAUGGGUUUGCCAAAGCGUCUGAAUCUGCUCGAACAGAUUGGUCUGCAUUCACUAAAGGCUACUUCUUGAAUAGAGAUGCACUCGUUUCUGUGUUACUCCUAGUUGAUGCAAGUGUUCCCCCACAGAAGAUAGAUGUGGAUUGUGCUAAUUGGCUUGGGCGCAACAAUAUACCUAUCACCUUUGUGUUCACCAAGUGUGAUAAGAUGAAAGGCAGAAAAGGCGUACGGCCUGAGGAUAACAUCAGAAGUUUCCAUGAGUUAAUCAGACAGAAUUACAAACAACAUCCCCCAUGGAUCAUGACUAGCAGUGUCACUGGUCUAGGCCGAGACCAACUUCUACUCCACAUGUCACAACUAAGAAACUAUUGGGAUAGUUAGAAAGUAUAUUAGAAGAUUUCUGGUUUACAACUACAGAAAUGUCUACUUACCCUAUGUUAUCUUUUGCAAGUUUGUAUAAAAUGGAAUGAAGUUUUGAAAUUUUAUAAAGAAAAAAAAAUGGGAAGAUGUUUAUGUUGCUUGAUAUACUAUUGGUACUCGUAUAUGACACUUACAUUUAUUAUUAU